ACCCUAGACGAAAAUGCCUGAGCCGUCCAAACCUGCACCGAAGAAGGGAUCCAAGAAAGCUGUCGCCAAGAGCGUCAGCAAGUCUGGAAAGAAAAAGAGGAGGACCAGGAAAGAGAGUUACGCCAUCUACGUGUACAAAGUCUUGAAACAGGUCCAUCCCGACACCGGUAUCUCUUCCAAGGCGAUGAGCAUCAUGAAUUCAUUCGUGAACGACAUCUUCGAGCGAAUCGCUUCCGAAGCUUCGCGCCUGGCUCACUACAACAAGAGAUCCACCAUCACCUCCAGGGAGAUUCAAACCGCCGUGCGUCUCCUGCUGCCAGGCGAGCUGGCUAAGCACGCAGUGUCUGAGGGCACCAAGGCCGUCACCAAGUAUACUAGCUCUAAGUAGAAUAAUGCGGUAUUUUCACCACCCAACGGCUCUUUUAAGAGCCACUCACUGCUUCUGAAGAGAGCAAAUUCCCUGUCACUUUCUACACCAUCCUUAGAAGACUCUUAGCAAUGUAGCGUCACCGGGGCUGCCGUCGGAGCCAUGAUUAAUGGUUCAGCGCGGGGCUCCUAUUGGUGCGCAAACGCGCCGCUCACGACACAUUGGCGGAGUACGUAGCCGCAAUGGCGUACCGUCAGCUACACGUCAUUUUUGCUUAAUAUUCAUGAGGUUCAAAAUUGUGUUUUACUUCUGUCCUGUGACAUCUGCAUUUUGGAGAGAUUUUGUGCUUUUGUUUUUUUUUGUGUGUGUGUGUGAAAACUGGACAUAUCAUUGUCAUUGAACUAAGUGAAGUGUGAUAAUUGUAGGGUUUAGAUCUGAUGUUAAACCUUAAUCCUUUGUAGUUAAUUAUAAAAGUAACAUGGAUCAAUAGUUAAAAAUAAUGUUGCUGCUUGGUAAAUUUUACUUGUACAAGGUGAGAUUUUCAAGGUCUGUGCCAUAUUUUUGACUAUUUCUUUUGGACUGAUUCUUAUAUAGUUACGCUUAAACAUAUGAAGAACAAGAAGAGUAUUUGUACACUACAAUAUCUCAGGGAUCUGUCAUUGACUGACUCUUAGUGUUUAUUUUUUUGUAUUACUGUGUUUUUGUGAAUUUGACAAUUGAAGUGCCUUAUGUUUGUGAAAGCAUUCUCCCACGACUCACGAGUAGUACACUAUGUACAA